AUGGUGGGGUUCACAGAUGACGCGUACAGCAAUCCCAACUGCUACGAAUUUCCCGGCAAGAUGAUGUGCAACAUCCCAAAUGCUGUCCAUGUCCGCCUCCCCUCUCUGGACGGCUACAAGAAUACGAGGAAGAACUGGAUGUCCAUCGAGAUGACAGACGGUGGUGCUGUUCAGCACGAAUUCCAUUGUUGUGACACGCGCAACAAGGUCGAUGCGCGGCUCGACACGCUACACGACCAGAUGAAAGAAGUCUUUCCUGAGAACUAUGAGAAACUCAGGUUGGUAAAUUGCAUGGUUAACAGCUGGAUGACCUGCGAACAAUGUUACGAAAAGUUCAACGUCGAGAACUGCAAGAAGUGUGGCAAAAAGUGCACAAAGCUAUAA